AUGAUGGAUGAGAAGUUCGCUAAUGAAAUGCUGCCUCGCCGCCCCUAUGACCAUAAGAUACCGCUUAAGGAAGGGAAAGAACCCCCGUUUGGGCCACUUUAUGGCUUCAUUCAGGUCAGCUCUUCACCUGCCGGUGCCCCUGUUCUAUUUGUUAAAAAAGCCGAUGGAAUACUCCGUCUCUGUGUCUAUUAUUGUGGCCUCAACAGACUCACUGUCAAAAACCGCUACCUGCUGCCGCUCAUCCGAGAAACUCUCGAUCGCCUCUACAAAGCCAAGUGGUACAUCAAACUUGACCUUCGCCAAGGGUAUAAUCAUGGACAAUUCGAAUAUACGGUGAUACCCUUCGGCCUUACCAAUGCGCCGGCCAUCUUCCAACACUUCAUUAAUGAUUGCGUCUGUGACUACCUUGAUAUGUUCUGUACAGCCUACCUUGACGAUAUUCUCAUCUUCAGCGACACCUUCGAGGAACAUCAAGUACACGUCGAAAAGGUCCUGGAAGCCCUACAAAGAAAUGGAAUACUGCUGAAACCAGAGAAAUGUGAAUUUCAUACACAAAGCACCACCUACCUCAGACUCAUUAUCGUACCCAAUAGUAUUAAAAUAGACCCGAAGAAAGUGGAGACAGUGAAGAAUUGGAUCAUCCCCAAAACAGUUAAGGAUGUGCAAGCAUUUCUAGGUUUCGUUAACUCUUAUCGCCGAUUCAUACGCAGAUUCUCGGAACUGGCUUCCCCCCUUACCAGACUGACACGUAAGGACAUAUCAUUUGAACGGACACCUAAAGCCCAAACUGCGUUCAACGCCCUGAAAGAGGCCUUUACAACGGCUCCCAUCCUUACCCAUUUCGACCUGGAGAAAGAAAUUACUGUGGAAACCGACGCAUCUGACUAUGUCGCUGCCGGUGUACUCUCCCAAUACGAUGAUAAUGGUACCCUUCGACCCGUCGCAUACUUCUCAAAAAAACAUUCUCCAGCCGAAUGCAACUAUGAGACUUACGACAAGGAAUUACUGGCGAUUAUUCGAUCAUUUGAGGAAUGGCGACCGGAACUUGAAGGGGCUACACACCCAAUCGCCGUCAUAUGCGAUCAUGAGAAUCUCGAAUACUUUAUGAGUACUAAACAACUCAACCGGAGACAAGCACGGUGGGCAGAAUAUCUGUCACGGUUUAAUUUUGUUAUCAAGUACCGACCAGGGAAACAAGGAGGGAAACCGGACGCGUUGACAAGAAGAUCAGGAGAUCUCCCUGGAGAGGGGGAUGAAAGACAGUUGCAUCAGAGCCAAGUUGUGUUGAAGAAGGAGAAUCUUGAUGCAAAGCUAAGUUUGUUGGCGGGUUCUUUCUCAAACGAACACGCUGAAAAGAACGCCUCACUGCAUGGAGUAUUCGAUGAAGGAUAUAGCGCUGACCCAUUUCCCGAAAAGAUACUGGAUAUGCGGAACAAAGGUGAACGACAAUCAAAGGACAUAUCACUCGCCGAAUGCACCGAGGUUGAAGGUCGAUUGCUUUACCGAGGCAGCAUAUAUGUCCCUAAUUACGAUCCUCUUAAGCUGCGAAUCCUGCAACUUUACCAUGACGCCGCCUCUGCUGGACACCCGGGACGUGAAAAAACAUUCGAACUCGUCAGUCGAGACUACUACUGGCCCCUUAUGAGAAAUUAUAUUGCCCGCUACAUUCGGAACUGCCACACCUAUCAACGAAGCAAACCCAAUACCCAUGGAAAACUCGGCGUACUUCGACCUUUACCGAUUCCCGAACAACCAUGGCAGGAGGUAUCAAUGGACUUCGUUACUGGCCUACCGGAGAGUGAAGGGUACGAUGCAAUUAUGGUAGUGGUUGACCGGUUAACAAAGAUGCGACAUCUCCUGCCCUGUAAUACUACUGUCAACUCCGAAGACGUCACCCAACUAUAUCUGCGAAAAUAUGGAAGCUCCACGGACUACCCACACAUGUCACCUCCGACCGCGGUUCUUUGUAAACACCUCGGCAUCGAAGCCACAAUGUCCACCGCUUUCCACCCGGAAACCGACGGCCAAACUAAAAGGCUGAAUGCUAUAAUGGAACAAUAUCUACGUGGAUAUGUCUCUUAUCAACAGGACGAUUGGGUAAAAUGGCUCCCUAUGGUAGAAUUCUCUGCCAACAAUCAGUUUACAGUGACGAUCAAAUCGCUUGACAGGACCCCACCAAGCCUCAAUGCUAAUGACUUCGCCUCGAAGAUGAAAGAACUCCACAAACAGCUACGUUCCAAUAUUAGCACGGCACAAGACCAACAAGAGCAGGCCUUUAAUGCCAAACGAACGCCGACUCCACAGUACGAUAUCGGCGAUAUGGUGUUUGUUUCAGUAAAAAACAUCCGAACCACCCGUAACUCUCGGAAGUUGAACUGGAAGAAACUGGGACCAUUCCCCGUCAAGGAAAUCAUAUCGCCAUAUGUGUACCGAGUCGACCUGCCUAGAAGUAUGAAAGUGCACCUCAUCUUCUAUGUAUCGUUGCUAGAUCCCGCUGCAAUCGACCCUGUCCCGGGGCAAACUCAACCACCACCCCCGCCUAUUAUCGUUGAACAGGAAGAGGAGUAUGCAGUUGAGGAAAUCUUGGACUCAAGAGAAACAAGAAACAACGGCUUGCAAUAUUUUGUUAAAUGGACAGGCUAUACCGACCCUACCUGGGAACCCGUCACAUACCACGAUAAUACCGCCGCCGUUGAUACCUUCCAUAUACGUCACCCUGCAAACCUGGACUGCUGGAAGGGAAGAUUAAGAUUAAGGCUCGCAGAAGAUCGCGCUUGA